AUGGAGUGCCUAUUACUCAGGAUACAUAGCUGCGUCAUUUUCAAUCCUCUCUUAGGAUGUUCCAACUACACAACCCUCAACGAGUCCAACAGAGCAAUGACAUAUAACAGAAGCAUUUCUUACCUAUGCGAUGCAAAUCUUAAUGGAUGGUAUAGAUUUAAUGGAGAGGCUGGAACGCAAAUGGCUGACUCUUGUGUCAACGUGUAUCAUUGCGGGACGGAGUCACCUGGAUGGCUGAACGGAACUCAUCCCGACUUAAAUGAUGGGGCCGUUAGACGCCAAGUGUGUUUUAGCUCUUUUGACAACUGUUGCCAACAUUCAAAUGAAAUAACUGUACAGCAUUGUGGAGGAUUUUACGUUUACAAACUUGAACGGCAAUCACAUUGCAAUCUGCGUUACUGUGGAAACGGAUCGCCAUACGCACAAGGUAUUAGCACAAAACAAAACAACAACAACAACAACAAUCGUAUUUUUUCAUUGUUUGGCAGAGGUAUUUUCAUGCGUUUUUCCAUGUAUUUUCAAAAGUUUAUGCCUUGUUUUUCGAUGAAAUUACAUAUUCCAGCAAAAUAAGAAUUAUUUUUUAAACACCAAGCAGUUUUUAAGAAAAUUAUAUAAGCAACUAUGGCUUAUAUAGGAGACCGAACAAGUAGACAAGAAUUUUAAACAGAUUGUGAUACACGGCGUUUUCCUUUCUUUCACAGAAUGUUACAAUUACAAAGUUCUUAACGAGACCAGCAGAUCGAAAACAUAUAAUGAAUCUUAUUAUCAAUGUGAUGAUAUGCUGUCGACCGACUGGUACAGAUUUAGUGGACCAGCUGGAAAUCAAAUGGCAGAGUCUUGUGUUGAUAUGGAUCGUUGUGGCACAUGGCACCCUGGUUGGCUCAAUGGAAGUCACCCUACAGUAAACGACGGAGCUGUUCAAAGAAGAGUGUGUUUCAGUUGUUACCCAUUCGAUGGCUGUUGUUGUUUGUCGACUUACAUCAGAGUCCGUAACUGUGGAGGCUUCUACGUUUACCAACUAAGGCCGUUAACUAAAUUUUUGUCACGUUACUGUGGCAACGGAUAUGUAUCAUCGACACCAACGACGCCAGGUACACUUUUUCCUUCUUUCUGUUUUUUUCUUGUUUUAGUUUCCUUUUCGUUCUGCGGAUAACACAUUUGGCAUUCAUCGAUGAAAUAAAUAAAGAACACAUUGCUUGCCUUCAAAUGGUGAAAAUGAACGGCAGCUGUUCUAGCGUAUUGCCACCCUUCCCCUCCCCCCACCCCUACCCCACAAAUCAACCCUCUAAUGGGAGAAUUCUUUCACAGCCCUUAACGACAACUGUAUGGUUGAAAUAUUGGUUUUCAGUCCCGAAAACUAUAAGUGAGCCUAAAAUGUUCAAUUUACACCCCUUAACAGCAUCCCGCACCAAGAAGAAAUGGACCAUUAUACGUUUCUUGGAAACUACCCACCUACCCCUCCCCUAAGUCAACAUUAAUACUUACUUCUCACUUAAGGAAAAAUGUUGGUUUAGGGGAGGGUAGGUGGGCGGCCCACUGAUUCUGGAAUCUCCUUAUCUGGAUCUUACCAGUUUUUCUUAGUUUUUGCUAUUUUGCCACUUUACAGUUUUGCCAAACAUAGAAUGUACGCUCAUGGUUAAAGCGUUGACGAAAACUGCUGAUAAACAUAAUAUAAAGUAAUAUCUUCAUUCCACCGAAAUCUAAAAUAUAGUUUUUUCCUCGCAGGCAACAAUUCAGUGAUUGUUUUAAGCUUGCUGAGGACAUGCGAUCACUGUCGGUUGGCUAAUAAAUGUUGACGGGUACGUUCAGCCAGCGAAAAAACUUUCGUCCGUGCGCAACGCUGAUUGAGUUAACAUCGUACCAAACUUUGCCUAUUGUUGAGGUCGCAUUUUUGGAAGACAAUAGUGCCUUUGUUUCUUUCAUUGUAGUAAUGACGUGUGGUAAAUAUAUAAAGACAAGUCUGCGAUAACAUUCAUGUCACGAUAGUACAACAAAGAAAAAUAUCUGAAUCUUAGGCCCCGUCCACACGUAUUGGGAUUUUUUGGAAACGGAGAUCUCUUUCUCCGUUUACAAGAAAAAAAUAAAUAACUUACCCAUCCACACUUAGUGUAUUCGAAUCGUUUUCGGCCAUCCAUACGAAAACGCUAAAACGAAGAGAAGAAGAGAAGUUACGAUAUGUAUUCUGUAGUGCCAUGUGAUUCUUUCAAGCUUGCUGAGGACAUGCGAUCACUAUCGGUUGGCUAAUAGAAGUUGAAGGUUGAGUUCGGUCAGCGGAACAACGUCCGUCCGCAACGCUGAAUGCGUCAACGGCGUAUCAAACUUUGCCCAUUGUUGAGAUUGCAUUUUUGGAAGACAAUAGUGCUUUUGCUUCUUACAUUCUAGUGAUGAAGUUUGGUGAAUAAACGAGAAGCCAUGACAUUUAUGUCACGAUAACGACAAAGAAAAAUAUCUGAAUCUUAGGCCCCGUCCACACGCAUCCGGAUUUUUUUGAAAACGGAGAUCUUUUUCUCCGUUUUCAAGAAAAAAAAACUACCCAUCCACACUUAGCGUAUUCGAAUCGUUUUCGGCUAUCCACAGAAAAACGCUAAAACGAAGGAAAAGCGAUAGCAUCCCUUACGGAGCAUGCGUCAUGCUAGAAGAACAUGAUGUAUGACAUCGUCGUAUUGGAAAACCUCCGUUUUCGUCCGUCCACACGUAAACGAGAAGCCGGCUUUUUUAAAAAUCUCCACUCUGGAGAACGUUUUUGAAAAGAUGCAUUUUCGGUGACAGUUUUCACCGAAUACAUACGUGUGGACGGUAGGACAAACCGGAAAAAAAAUAUCCGUUAAUUCAAACAAAACAGAGAUAGAUGUGGACAGAGCCUUGGUGGUGCCGUACUGGCGCCAGUUGUUUAAAAGGUGGAUAACGCUAUCCACUGGAUAAAUCACUAUACAGUGGACAGGAUAGUGAUUUAUCUACUGGAUAGCGUUGAUCCACCUUUUAAACAACCGGUCUUAAGAUCCUUGUGGAUCUUUAUAAGGUCCUCAAAAGAUGCUUGUGCAGAUCUUCAAGGACCCUUAAAGAUCUUAAAAAGUUUUUCACCAGGGAGCGCGAUAGCCAUCCAACGUUUGAACAACUGGGGCCAGAAAUACAAACUAAUUCCACGUUGUUUUUGUUUUGCUUGUUUAUUUGUUGUUUUUUUUUUAUUAGAGUUACCACAAACGACCAGAACAAAAGUAACACCUGCAAGUAAGUAUCCUAUAAAGAUUAAAGUAUAUAAAGUUGUACCGAAGAAAAUUUCUGAUUUUACUCCAAUUUAGAGUUCUUAUUAAUUAUAAUUUUGGUUUCUUCCAGCAGGGACACAAAGCACCACUGACUCCGAAAUAACACCCACACGUAAGUCUCUCAGGGGGUUCAAAGAACUUGAAUGUAUUGGAAAAAAAUGGGCUUCUUUUUAAGUUUAGUUAAACGCUAUGUAAAAACUGUCGAUCCUCCCGUAAGCGACCAUGGUGGACUGUUUGUAAAAGAGGCCCGGACAC